UCCAUGGGCGCUCACGCACGUGACGCAGGCACAGAGAAAGACCUUCGCAGCAGUAUAGCAGCAUCUUCAGCACCAUUGCAGUUCUCAUCUAGCUGAACCGCGAGGAAAAGCUUGAGAUAAUCGACAAGGCUUGUUUUGAGGCCUGGCAACAUCUAGCAGAAUGACUAAAGAGCAGACUGCUGAGGUGGAGGAGGAGGCCCAGCCUGCCUCUGAGUACCAGAGCCCAGUUCACGAGCCCCGGAAGAGGCCCAUGGUCCACCCAUCUGCACAGGCCCCCCUCCCCAAAGACUAUGUCUUCACAUUCUUUGACCCAAAUGAUCCUGCGUGUCUGGAGAUCCUGCUGGAUCCGCGCACCACCAUCCCAGAGCUUUUCGCCAUCAUCCGUCAGUGGGUUCCACAGGUCCAGCACAAGAUCGACCUCAUCGGAAACGAGAUCUUGAAGCGUGGUUGCCAUGUCAAUGACCGUGAUGGACUAACAGACAUGACCUUGCUCCACUAUAGUUGCAAAGCCGGGGCCCAUGGAGUUGGUGACCCUGCCGCUGCCCUCAGGCUGUCCAAUCAGCUCAUUUCCCUGGGGGCAGACGUCAGUCUCCGCAGCCGCUGGACCAACAUGAACGCCCUGCACUACGCAGCCUACUUCGACGUGCCAGAGCUGAUUCGCAUUCUCCUCAAGGCCUCCAAACCUAGAGUACUGAAUUCCACUUGCAGUGACUUCCACCAUGGCACAGCCCUGCACAUCGCUGCCUCCAACCUGUGUCUGGGAUCAGUCCAGUGCCUGCUAGAGCAUGGAGCCAACCCCACUGUCAGGAAUGAUAAAGGCCAGGGGCCGGCCGAGGUGGUCCCUGACCCCAUGGACAUGACUCUGGACAAAGCGGAGGCGGCCAUGGUGGCCAAGGAGCUGAAGCAGCUGCUGCUGGACUCUGUGCCCCUCAGCUGCAACCUGCCCCGUGCCACCCUGCUCAACUACGACAACAUCCCUGGCAACCUCAUGCUCACCUCCAUCGGCCUGAAACUGGGCGACCGUGUGGUGCUGGACGACAUGAAGCUCCCCAAAAAAUCGAGCAGUGAUGAAAUUGACAUCUCAGCUCUGCAUCACCUGAAGCAGACGGGCACCCUGCGCUUCUGUGGGACCACGGAGUUCGCCAGUGGCCAGUGGGUGGGGGUGGAGCUGGACGAGCCAGAGGGCAAGAACGAUGGAAGUGUGGGAGGGGUGCGUUACUUCAUCUGCCCCCCCAAACUGGGUAUCUUUGCUCCAGUGUCAAAAAUCGCUAAAGCUGUUGAGAAGGCCCCCUCUGUCACCUCCACACCCAAGACACCCCGCAUGGACUUCUCCCGCGUCACUGGAAAGAACAAGAAAGAAAAGAAGGAAAUAAUGGAGAGAGAGAAAGCUCUGAGGAAGAAGUCUAUGUCCGUAGCCAGUCUGGACCCAGAUGGGGUGAAGGUGGAACUUGGAGACCAGGUGCUGGUUGCUGGUGUGAAGCAGGGAAUCAUACGCUAUUACGGAAAGACAGACUUUGCCCCAGGUUACUGGUUUGGUGUGGAGCUGGAGAGUCCCACAGGAAAGCAUGACGGGUCUGUUUUUGGUGUCCGCUACUUCAACUGCAUGCCCAAGUACGGCGUCUUUGCACCCCCAUCUCGCGUACAGAGAAUGUGUGGACCAAAGGACGGUCAGAGCGGCGAUGGCACGAUGGUGAAGAAAGUCCACCAGGUGUCUAUGAACCAGCCAAAGCGUAAAUUCAACACGGUGAGGUCACCCAAGGACAUCACGUCUGAGAAUUCAAUAUCAAGAUUGCUGUUCUGCUGCUGGUUCCCCUGGAUGCUGCGUGCUGAGAUGCAGUCCUAGCCACACUCUCCUUCCUCCUCCUCAAAAGAUCUACUGCUCUCCUCCUCUUAAUGUCCAUCUUUCUUUUGUGCUUUUCUCUGGCUGUUGCUGUCAGAAUUACUGUAGUGAACCACCCCCCCCCCCCCUCCACUCUCCAUGAUCUCAGUCAGUCCUAUAGCAAAACCUAGUGCCUUGUAUGUUAACUAACAUCUUGCAUUCCGUUUGUAACACUAAUAAUGAGACUAAAUAAUUAUAACUUGAAAUCUGGGAUACAAACCCUACAAAAGCAAUUAUCUAAUAGAUAUAAUCACUUAGUUUUUGAAAGUUACUCUAUUUUGGUGUUGAUUGCUUGUCGUUACCCACCCCCCCGUCAGAAGUUGCCAAAACCCUUUGACCAGUCAGCCAACUUCUUAAGCCAUGGAGCUUCUACUAGGGAACCUUUUAAAUGACUAAGUACAUGAUGCUGUACUUUAUUGUUUUCCUGCUGCUUCAUCCUAAUUUCCUGUAUUUCAGAGGAGACCAAGGGCCUCAAAGUAAUACAGGGUCUAUCAGUGUGAACAGACUGUAGAUGGCCAUGCUGCGCUAAAGGGAUUGGUCCAAAAUGUGGAUGUGAGUCAAAUGGUGUUACAAAUAAAUGUUCCCAUAAACAUGCCUUUUAUUGUGAAAGAUGUGACAUGAACAUAUGGUUAUGUUCUUCUGAUGUCGUAUGUUCAAAAGAAAACAGGGUUUAAUAUUAUUCAGGAUUCCUACAUCUGCUAUUUCUUCACUUGCACUCUGAGCAUUUUCCCAAAUAUGCAAUUGGAAUGAUGUAUAUAAUAUUAAUUUGCUUGUUAAUGGGCUUGUGUAAAUUGUAAUAUGCUCACGCGUGAUACAAAAACAAGGUUCCUGGUCUCUGGUAGCCUACUAAAUUUGUUGACAGAGCCCUGUUAAAUACUAGUGACCUGUUUUAGGUAAGGUAAUGCUAGCACGUACAUAUAUGUUAAUCAUAAUGUCCCAACUUAAUUGCAGAAGGAGAACUUUAUCUGCACAGAUAUCUUCUGUACCCUUGAAAGACAAUUUUCUAGCAAUGGUUUAAAUCGUGGUACUAUAGACAGCACUAUUUGUCCAUAACUGGGUCAAAUGAGACUUUCAUAACUUGGUCUUAGGUGUUUAUUGCACUUUGAACCAGUUGGUCUCAAAUCCAAGUUAUGCUAACCAAAAUGUCUGCUAACCCCAAAAUGUAAUGGCAGGUAAUGUAAGGGAAAACCACCUAGAUUAAUAUUGUUAAAGCUGUUGCCUUUAUUGUGGAGCAUGAAGUACCAAUUACUUAACUUUUGCUUAACAUUAACUUAAACGUAAUGUUAGCAAAAAGCUUUAUUUUCUCACAGUUACGUUUUGUUUAUAUAAACAGGAAAUCUACAAGGGUACAACAAUAUACUUGUUAAAGGUACGUUUCUUGAUUAACCAGUGCCCUCCACCCCAUCUCUAGGUUUGUUGUUGCAGCAAUAGUGUUUAUCUCAGGCUAAAUCUGCAGACGGAACACCUGCUAGUGUAACGGAUGUGAAAUGGCUAGCUAGUUAGCGGGUGCGCGCUAGUAGCAUUUCAAUCAGUUACGUCACUUGCUCUGAGACUUUAAGUAGGGUUGCCCCUUGCUCUGCAAGAGCCGCGGCUUUUGUGGAGCGAUGGGUAACGAGGCUUCGUGGUUGACUGUUGUUGAUGUGUGCAGAGGGUCCCUGGUUCGCGCCCGAGGGGGCGGUUUAAAGUUAUACUGUUACACUAGCUCAGUGCUACCACAGUUUACACCCUCUGUUGGCUAUCCUCUCAUGCUUCUAUCUCCUUCUCUCUCAACGUUAGACUUUGGUAAGUUUGUGAGUGUGAGCAUUCGAUAAAAAUCUGACCGUCUAAACUUGUGUGCGCUUAAUGUCAAAACCUAUGAGUGUGCAUAAAAAUAUAAAUAUUUACCUGUGUACUUAGCUAUGUGGAUAUUGUCUUUGUCUACUCAACACUAUGUAAGCACAUCAUGAGGAGGAGAAAAAAACACCUGAACUUGCUCCUGCACUCUUUGAACACCGUUGUGAACAUCCUGUAUUAACAGCACCGUGAAACCUCAAAUAAGGCUCAUUAUCAGGAAGUGUCUCAAAACUCUUGCACCGUGUCGUAUUCCGAAAUCGCCACUUAUCCAAUGUGGUACUGAACAAUGUGGAACUGAACGCAACAAUGUGUGGUUGUUUUGAUAUCGCUAGUGUACGGUUAUGACUAGGUCUGUAAGAGAGCCACAGAACAACAAGGAUGCUAUGAGGGAGUCAGCUUCAGUUUCAUUUGAUCUGAAUAAGGGAUAUUAGUAUAUCCAGUUUGAGAGAAACUCAUUCAUUACACCUCAAAGUCAUGUAAUGGGAUACAUAGGAACCUGUGGCAAUUGGAACUUUUCUCCUUUUUUAUUCAAUUUAAUUAUGACUAUGUCAACACAAAGUGUUGCAAACUUUGUCAGGACAGCUCACUUUGUUAAAAUCCUCUGUUAGCCAAAUAUACUAAAAUGACAUUGUGUCAAUAAGGACAGAGUUUCUUUACUAAUGUCAGCAUUGUUUAUUUAGUAGAUAAGAAAAUCAUCCUCGCCUCAUACUGAAGUGCUUGAUAAUGAGUAAGAAUACAUCACCAUGUCUUCUUAUGUUGGGAAAAUGUCAUUAGAAAUAAGUAUAGCAACAUUGUUUAUAUUUACUAAAUGGUCGAGUUGAGUAAUUGGUUGACUGGCAGAUUUAAUGCUAAAGUAAAGUGACCAAAAUGGUGUAGUUAUUGCCUGACCUUUUACGCUCUGGUAGCAUAAUAAGUACCACAAUAUGCCAGUAGAUGUCACUAAUGUGUCACUUUGUUAUCAUCUCUACAACUAACAACAUGACAAGAAUCUACAUUGAUGAGUCCUCCACUCUUCAAAUGUUUUGUUUAUUCAACAUUAUGAACAUUGAUAUAUUUAGUGGUGUACUGUCAUUAUUUUUUAUUUUUUUAACAUGUUAUUCUAAAACUUGAUCUCAACAAUGGUUAAUUUUAUUCAUAGACAUGUCAUAGCAGUUUGUUAAAAAUAUAUUUUGAUAAUUUCACUAAGUGUACUUUUAUUUCGUUUUAUAGUGUGUUGGUGUCUGUGUCCCAAAACAGGUAAAGGGGGCUGUAAUGUUGGAUUUAUUAUAGUGUCAGGAAUAAUAUUCAUUGCAUGCUCUUUAUUUUCUGAAAGUUUCUUUUUCCAACGGUGUAUCUCAGCAUGAAAAUGCUUAUAAUUACAACUCUGACUAUGAAUCUAAUAAAAGUUGAUGUUGUUUUCUA